AUUUGCAUUACAGGAAAUUAGUAUGGGGACACAUUGUCGUGGAGCUGGAUCUGAUACAUUGUAUUGAUCACACUGUCGGUAAACACAACUCGCUUUGAUAAAGCUGGAAGAGGCAGGAUUUCAGCCCACCACCUGCGCAUCAGGACGGGCUAGAGGCCAUGUCUACAGUGGUGGAUCUCAAGACAAAGGAGGAGAAGGAUGCAGAGCUUGACAGACGGAUCGAGGCUCUGCGCAAGAAGAAUGAAGCUCUGGUCCGGAGGUACCAGGAAAUAGAAGAGGACAAAAAGAAGGCGGAGCAAGAGGGGAUUGCCGUGAAGACGCACCCACCCAGGAAGGGCCGCCCCCACGAUGGCCCGCCAGAGGGAGACAGAUGGAGGACAGAGAAAGAGAACUUCACUGUCACCGUAGACCUCUCCAAACCUGCAGGGGAGAAACGGGUGAUCAAUGACUGGAAACAAGGGCCACCUCGAGGCAGGCGGGACUCUGAAGAGGGAGACGGCCCCAGAGCCCAAGGUGAAAGCCCUCCGCGGAGGGCCGCGUCCGGGCGGCUCAGCAGGGGUGGACAGAGAGGGGGAGGACCACGGCAGGAGAGGAGAGAGCAACGCCCUGACAGACCCCUAGCAGACCCACGCCAGGCCCAUGACAGACCACCACGAGAGGACAGGGGUCUACCACGAGAGGACAGGGGUCUACCACGAGAGGACAGGGGUCCACCACGAGAGGACAGGGGUCCACCACGAGAGGACAGGGGUCCACCACGAGAGGACAGGGGGCAGGUCAUGGAGGGGCCAGGAGAGGGGCCUGGCCGCAGUGAACGUGCUCCACGCGGAGGACGGAGAGGAAGAGGAGGCCGAGGAGGACGAGAAAGAGAAGGAGGAGGACCACAGGGUGGUGACAGGAAGUCUAAGGAGUGGGAGGAGAAAAGGAGGCAGAACAUUGAGAAGAUGAACGAGGAGAUGGAGAAGAUUGCAGAGUUUGAAAGAGGACAAAGGCCUGCCGAGGGAGACAAGCCCAUCCGUAACUUCCUGGAUGACCCACGGCGCUCCGGCCCAGUCCCGGACAUGGACCGCAAGGAGGGCAGCCGCCGACAUGUCCGAAACUGGGGUGGAGUAGACUUUGACAAUGUGAAGACGGGAUCUGAGCUGGAGAAGGAGUGGACAAGUCGGAGACCAGGAGGCCCUAAGGGCUCCAUGGAUAUGACCAUGUCUAUGACGGGCCGGGAGCGUGCAGAGUACCUCCGCUGGAAGAAGGAGCGUGAGGAGAUUGACGAGGAGCGUCUGGCCAGGCACAGGAACGCCACAGGCCAGUGGAGACGGGAAUGGGACGCCCAGAAGACUGACGGCUUGUUUAAGGAGGACCCAGCUGUUGCUGCAGAGGCCAUGCUGCCAGACCAGGGAGGCAGAAGGAGAGACGAGGUGAAGGCGCCUCCCAAGGCUCCCACGUUCGGAGACUUCCUGGGGCAGGGUAGAGGACCCAGGGAGGGGGGCCGUGGAGAGCGGGGGAGGGGACGAGGACAGAGACAGAGCUACAGCAUGCACGAUAACCGCUGGGAGGCGGAGAAGGAGGAGGACGGGGAGAAGGAGAAGGACGAGGAGAAAGAGAAGGAAGACAAACCCAAGAAGGAGGAGAAGACUCAGAAGGAGGAAGCGAAGCCCAAAGCUCCCUCAUCAAAAAAGAUGGAGGAGAAGAGUGGUGACGCAGAAGAGGAUGAGGAUGAGUGGGAGGAUGCCAGCGACGAAGAGGACGAUGAUAUGGACGGGGUUGAUGACUCGGAGGGAGACGAUGAGGGGGAUGAGGAAGGGGAAGACGGACAGUCCCCGACGAAGGGUCCUCGCCCAGAAACUACAGCAGGGAAGUCCGCCGCCACCUCAUCUCCUCCCUCCACUCCCCCCUCCGCAGCCAGUCCUAAAGAGCACCGCACCCCGAGGCCCAAAGUCUAUAUCCCCUCCCAACAGGAGGCUCAGGACUCCCACGCUGGCCCCAAGCCCCUCAGCCCCUUCUCUCCCCUGGACGGCCACCAGCCGGUCACAGACUGGGGGGAGGAGAUGGAGAUGCAGUCCCCCCGGAUCAGUAUGGGGGAGAUCCACCUGAAACCGCCUAGCACUGAGGGAAGCCCUGCCCAGGUUAAGGUCCAAGAAGACAACCGCAACUCCAGCCCCAGCCCAACCCCCAGUCCCAGCAAGCCAGCAGAGCCAGAGAAGGAGAGGGACACACGGACAGUUGUGGUCACUGCUGCUCCACCGGAGGAGACUCUGAUCCAGGAAAAAACUCCUGUAUCAUCAUCAUCAUCAUUAGAACUUGUCUCUACCCCCACUGACCUCCCAGAGAAAGAGGAGACCACCACCACUCCACCAGCCCAGGAGACACCUGCUACCCCCACAGACCUCCCAGAGAAAGAGGAGACCACCACCACUCCACCAGCCCAGGAGACACCUGCUACCCCCACUGACCUCCCAGAGAAAGAGGAGACCACCACCACUCCACCAGCCCAGGAGACACCUGCUACCCCCACUGACCUCCCAGAGAAAGAGGAGACCACCACCACUCCACCAGCCCAGGAGACACCUGCUACCCCCACAGACCUCCCAGAGAAAGAGGAGACCACCACCACUCCACCAGCCCAGGAGACACCUGCUAGCCCCACAGACCUCCCAGAGAAAGAGGAGACCACCACCACUCCACCAGCCCAGGAGACACCUGCUACCCCCACUGACCUCCCAGAGAAAGAGGAGACCACCACCACUCCACCAGCCCAGGAGAUACCUGCUACCCCCACUGACCUCCCAGAGAAAGAGGAGACCACCACCACUCCACCAGCCCAGGAGACACCUGCUACCUCCACUGACCUCCCAGAGAAAGAGGAGACCACCACCACUCCACCAGCCCAGGAGACACCUGCUACCCCCACAGACCUCCCAGAGAAAGAGGAGACCACCACCACUCCACCAGCCCAGGAGACACCUGCUACCCCCACAGACCUCCCAGAGAAAGAGGAGACCACCACCACUCCACCAGCCCAGGAGACACCUGCUAGCCCCACAGACCUCCCAGAGAAAGAGGAGACCACCACCACUCCACCAGCCCAGGAGACACCUGCUACCCUCACAGAGGAUGAGGAGGAGACCCCUGCCGCCACUCUUGCCCCUGUCCUGGAGAAUGACCAGAGCCUGUCUGAGCUGGCCACUGCCCCAGAGAUGGCCCCAGACACCUCGGAACAGUCAUCUUCAGGCUGAGAGCUGCUCUGGGAAACUGACUUUUCAGUGCUAGUGGUUCACAGAUGAUGGUAGGAUGAGGAAAGAGGGGAGAAAAUAAUUACAAGAAGAAAGGAAACCGGGCCUCGCGCACCAUGACUGGAGCUGCCAUCACAGACAUCCUGGAGGGACGUGGCCAGGCACCUGGCCUCCAAACAUCUCCCUCUCCUCAAUAAUCAGACCACGUAUGUUCUGUACUGUUUGACUAGGAGCUGCAAAUUGCAUAGAAUAGUGAUACUGCCAUUCAUCUGAGCCACUAUGGUAAAUGGCUUAGGUUUUAUAGCAGGCAAUUAGGAUGUUACUGUGAUGUCAAGUCAACAAAGCCCCAACUUGUUUUUACCUUUUUGAUAUAUGUGUAUGAUUUAACAAAUCAAACUAUUACAAUUAGCGAAGACUCACAAAUAUGAAAUUCUCUCACCUCAAUUGUUCAACCUUAGCAUUUUUUUUUAAACUCCACCUCUUUUGGAAGGUCAAAGAGACUGUUAUGCCUCUUCAACAUGGCAAAAAAAUUACAUAUUUGGAAUGCUAACAGUUGAAAGAGCAUUCUCCUCCCUGAAUAUAGACAGCUUAUUGACUACAGUUUAUCCACACUUGUUUUAAUAGCCCUUACUUUAAAGAUUCCCAAGACCCCCCCCCCCCCCCCAACCCACCCAAUAAUGUCCUCACCUGUUUGCCUGUUAAAGCUGAAUUAAUGUUUGAAUGUUAUUGGACACUAAGUUUGUGUCCCAAAUAUCACUCUAUUUCUAUAUAGUGCCCUACCUUUGAGUCCUAUGGGCCAUGGUCAAUAGUAGUGCGUUAUAGAGGCAAUAGGGUGCCAUUUGCGACACAAACCCUCUCUUUGUGGAGUUUGUAUGGGUAGGGUUUGGUCCCCUUUAUCCUUAACUCAAUACUUUUUAGUUGUAUUUUGUCAUGAAACAAAUCAUGUGAACAAAUUUAAGCCAUGGCAUUGAAAAAUGUACAUUCUGUUUCCUAAUAAUCAUGUAACAAAGUUGGUUUAGAUUUGGGACCCCAAGAGGAGUAUAGUUAAAAUGAUAUUAGUUUAUUUCUAAGUGAGAUACACUGUACUUAACCAAGCACAGGCAUAAAGUGACCCUGACAAUAUUUGUUAAUAACCAUCCAAAGCUUUCCUUUCGUUUCUCAUUUGCGAUAGAUCGCUAGUGGCCUUUCUAGUUUAAAUCAAGGGGCAUCAGAACAUGUACCUCAACAGACCAAGAUUUUAUUUCGAUUUUUAAGUCUCGUUGGCUUUUUUAGCCUACUCUUGGUCAUGAACUCAAUCUGGCUCACCUAUAAUGAACACGAGCACAGAUAUUAAACUAUGCUUUAAUUGUAUUUCUUAAAAAGGAAUGAAGAGUUGAAAUGAAUUGAAUGGAUCAAGAACUCAAGGAAAUGCAAUAUGUAGUUUAGUAUUUUCAAUUCCAACUAAACAUUCCAAUGUUUUGUGUGGGAAUAAAGGCAUCUAUUUUUGUUCUUUGUGAUUUUCAUUUGGAUAUCCUCAUUCUUUUCCGUUUCUGAUGACUUAGUGAUUGUAUUAUAAGCAUCAAAUUUUCCUGCACUUCUAUAAUAUCUGUGUUUGAAUAUAAAACUGCAUUAUUUGGGUUUGUUUUUGGAGUGGAGUGUAACUGGCCUAUCUAAACUAGCAUGAUCUGAAAUUCAAGACUUGUUUAUCUGUUAAUUACCAUGAAUUAGUUUUUAUCCCAAGAUAUUGACACUUUAAUCUAUCAAGCAGAAGAUUACAUUUGAUAGCUUUUUCUUUAAGUAUUAAUUUGUGAUUUGGCAGGAAACUCAUUGGUUCAUGCGCAACUGUCAAAUGUACAACGUGAAAUGUAUUCUGUUUAUUUUGCUUCUUAGUUUUCAUAUCAAAUAAAUGUAUGGUGGUCAGGUC